AAUUAAUUUAAAGUUUUCAAUCCCGUCUUCUCCAACUAAAACUACUGUAGUUCUCUCUUCUCUCACAAACACUUUGCAUUAAUAAAUCUUCUUUCUUCUUUCUCUGUAUCGUUGAUUCUGAUAGAACCCUCUCUCUCGAGCUCGUGGUUUUUUUUUUUUUGACCUAUCAUCAGAUUCUUCUGGAGUUGCUUAAUUUGUUUAAUCAGAUAGUGUUCGUCUUUGAUCUAUCGCCACUAGAUUUGUUUGCUGAUAAUUUCAUAUAUUUGCAGUUCUCUCGGCUUAUGAUCUCGAGGUAAUGGUCACGGAGCUGUUGCACCUGGUUUAUUUAGGGAUACUGCCCUGUUUUGGUACUGUUGCACUGUCAACAAACUGAUUAUCAAAGAACUUUUGCCCUACGGAGAUUUUUUUUUUGUUCUUUUGCACUGAGGAGAGGGGACGAGGGAAGAUGGCAAAGAUGAUAAACAAGACGCUUGUUCUUACUUAUAUCUACUUGCUCAUCUACAUUAUACUUUCUUCUGGAGUUAUACUGUACAAUAAGUGGGUUUUAUCCCCAAAGUACUUCAAUUUUCCACUUCCUAUAACGCUGACAAUGAUCCAUAUGGGUUUUGCUGGAUUCGUGGCUUUCCUUCUUAUUCGCGUGUUCAAGGUUGUAGCUCCGGUUAAAAUGACAUUUGAAAUAUACGCAACCUGUGUUGUACCUAUAAGCGCCUUCUUUGCAUCAAGUCUCUGGUUUGGCAAUACUGCGUAUUUGCACAUUUCUGUUGCCUUCAUUCAGAUGCUUAAAGCUCUAAUGCCAGUAGCAACAUUUAUCAUGGCAGUUGUUUGCGGCACUGACAAACCAAGGUGCGACGUGUUCUCGAACAUGUUGCUGGUCAGUGUUGGAGUUGUGAUAUCCUCUUAUGGGGAAAUUCAUUUCAAUGUCGUUGGCACAUUCUACCAGGUGACAGGCAUCUUUGCUGAAGCACUUAGACUGGUGCUAACUCAAGUUCUUCUCCAAAAGAAGGGUUUGACAUUGAACCCUAUUACCAGCUUGUAUUACAUAGCUCCCUGCAGUUUUGUUUUUCUGGCCUUACCUUGGUAUGUGUUGGAGAAACCCACAAUGGAAGUUGCACAGAUCCAAUUUAACUUCUGGAUAUUCUUCUCCAAUGCUCUAUGUGCUCUUGCCUUGAAUUUCUCCAUAUUCUUAGUAAUCGGGAGAACAGGUGCAGUAACCAUCCGGGUGGCUGGUGUUCUCAAAGACUGGAUUCUCAUAGCCCUAUCGACUGUCAUUUUUCCUGAGUCCACAAUCACUGGGCUGAAUAUCACUGGAUACGCGAUAGCGCUAUGUGGUGUUGUUAUGUACAAUUACAUAAAAGUAAGGGAUGUCAAGGCGUCUCAACCAAUUCCUGACAGUCUUCCAGAUCGAAUCAAUAAGGAGUAUAAGAUGGAGAAGAAGUCUUCGGAUAAAUUCAGUCCUAACGACUGUGGAAAUCCCAAGAGUAGGAGCUGAGAUAAACGACGAGGAAGCCCCUUUGAUCACGUCCCGGUUGUCUCAUAUUGGUCGGACACAGCUCGGAAAUCACGCGGUCUAAGAUGUUGGUAUACACGUAUAAUAGACAUUUUGCUUCCCAAUUUGUUUUUUUUUUUUUUGUUACUUAAAAAAUGAUACCGAAAAAGAAGCUGCUGCAGCAUCUAGACCGUCUGUCUUGGUGUCUCAGGUGAAAAAUGUCCCUUCAAAAUCCAAAUUUAUUAUGAAAUAGAAUAGCGGAGAUUAUUACCGAUGAUUAUUAGGUUGAAAAAUGUCAGAGUCGUAUAUUCGUUUGUAGUGAAUUGACGUUUCAAGUUAUAUAUUUAUGGUCUUCAUUUUUUCCA